UGUAAAAUGACAAACCAGUUACCUUGCUUGCUAUUAAGUACCUAAUAAAUGUAUGCCCUGAACCUUUAUAGGCUGUUUUGUUGGCUGACACUAGACCUGUAUGGAUCCAGCUAAAGUAAAAACCUAAAACUAAGCUAAAGCUAAAACUUUUUUGGCCUUUAAUAGAAUAGCAAUUAGUGAAACUGUAAGAAUGUCACUGCUUUCUUUUUGUUUUAUGAUAGUGAAGUAUCCAUGCUUUGAUUAAAAACUAAUUUUCUACAGCCCUACCCCAGGCAGUCGCCAGGCGUCCCCCACAGAGGCAGUAGAACGGUUGGGCCCCAGUCAGGCCGGGUUGGAAAUGAUGGCACAGCACCACCCGCAUACUCUGCAGCCACCCAACCCUGUCACAAACAAACCUCCCACCGAGGACUUCCAGAGCCAGGAAGCCCAGAGCAUGGGCGGCAUGGAGCAUCAGGCAGGCAUGGAGUUGCUCCAAUUUGACUAUGCUGGGAACCAGAUCCAGGUGGACUCAUCUGGUACUCCAGUCGGCCUAUUUGACUACAACUCCCAACAGCAGAUUUUGCCAGUGCUGUCCCUCGAACGCGAGGUCUGACUUUCCCGGAGAA